AUGUCCGAGUCUGGAUCAGAAGCAGGCGACCUCUUUGGCGGCUCCGACAACAGCCGCGAAAACUCCCCAGCUCGAUCGACCACUGCCCCAGCGCAAGAACCCGUCCAGUCCGAGACUGAAGAGCAGGAUGUCGGCGACUUGUUUGGUGACGAUGACGAGGAGGAAGAAGCCCCAAGAAGGAGGCAAGCCAGCACCGGCACACCACGAUCUGGUUCGCAAACACCCAACCCAUUGGAAUAUGCGGAAGAGGACGAGGACGCUGGACCAGGAAAGCAGAAUGUCGUUACUAUCGCUGUCCCCCAAUGGCCCCAUCUUUCUGCUACGGAUGGAAAGAUCUGGCAAAUGAAGCUUCCCGCCUACAUCAACCUCGACUCUCAGCCAUUCGACUCGGAUUACUAUCGCGCCACGGCAGACGAGGCGCCGGAUCCAACAGAGAAACCUAUAGCAGCCAAGAGCCAUAUGAUUGGAGUGAAGAAUACCAUCAGGUGGAAGUGGGUGACUGGGCCGGAUGGAGAGCCUACGCGCCAAAGUAACGCGAGGAUGCUCCGCUGGUCUGAUGGAUCCGUCUCCCUUCAACUAGGCGAUGACCUGUACGACCUCGCCGCUUCCCAUGGCACCACCCUCUCCCGACCUUCCGACCCCAUUCCCCCAACAAAGAAGCGCGAAGCCCUCCCUCCCGCCCAAAACACCUCUACCACUUUCCUCUGUGUCGGUGCUGCCGCCGAGCGGGUUCUCGUCACUGAAAAGCCCAUUGCGGGACAGUUGAACUUGCUGCCCACGAGUAUGCAGAGCAAGACCUAUCUGGAGCUUGUCAAGCAUGUUGGUGCCCAGCAUACCAAGCAUUCCAGGAUGAAGAUGCUGGAAGAGACGCAGGAUGAGGAUGCUUUGCAAGAGCUGCUCUUGAGAAGCGCUCCCAAUAGAGAAGCUAUCAAGGGGGCAAAGGCGACGACUAGCAAGCGUGCAACGGCGAGCAAGGGUGCCGGAGGAAAGGGAAAGAAGACCAGGAAGAUUGGAUAUUCGGAUACCGAGUCGGAAGCUGGCUACUCUGGAGACGACCGGCCCAAGCGUGGGGCUGAGCGAGACACGUUCGAAUAUGGGGAUGAUGAUGGGUUCGUCGUCGAUGACUCGGACUCGGACGGCGGGUAUAGCUCAAAGAAGAAGGGCAAGGGAAAGGCCAAGAGUAAGGGGAAGAAGAGAAAGGGAGGAUUCACGGAUGACGACGAGGAGGAUGAGAUGGAGGAGGCCGAGAGAAGAAUAGAAGCCAGGGAGAGAGAGAAGAAGCGGGCAAGAAAGGAGAAGGGUGGUGCGGCAAAGAAAAGCAGGGAUUACAUUGAGGAUAGCGAUGAGGAGGAAGGGGCAGAGGAGGAUGGAGAGGGCGAGGAGGAAAUGGAUAUGGAUGUUGAGAGUGAAGAAGAUUAG